AUGGAGGAAGGACUCGACCCGUCAGCAGGGGCCUCAGCGUUUUCGGCCGAAUUCCUGAACUCCCUUGCCGCCGCCGACACCAUAUCCCGUGCAUCAUCACCGGGCUUACCAUCCUCCACCGACGACACAGCCGAUGAUAGCAAACGCUACCGACCGCGAACCUUUGCCUACUUCCAGCUCCUACCAUACCCGGUCGAGAAGGAGGCUGAGCGCGAUGCCGCAUUACAAGGGAUACUUAAGCAGCUCUACAUCGCAGUAAAGGCCGAAGAUUUCUCCCCGGGUGCUAUGCAUUGGACGCGCCAGCUGCAAGGAUGGCUAACCCUCAAAUUCGAUAUGCCUCGCGAGCUGCGGGCCAAGCUCGCGAGACUGUAUUUCCACCUGGCACUAGCCCCUGGUCUGGAUGGUAGUGCAUCUGAUCGCUUUUCGAGGAUGGUUGUCACUAUGACAAGGAAGAAGCAUUUCCUGAAGCCUCAAGAGGAUCUGACGCUCGACUGGAGGCCUCUCUGGAAGGAGAUCAAGGCAUUAGUAUUACCCGGAGAAGCUCCCGCGCAUCAUUCGUCUAGGAGACGAGGGCUCAAGCAUCUUUGGAAGUUAUGUCUACAUUCUCAGUCCUACUUCGACCCGAAGGAACGGCACGCCAUGCUAGAGGAACUGCUACCGUACUUCAGCACGUCAGAUCUCCAAAAUGCCUACAUUGUCAUGGGUGUUUUGAACGUUUUGAUGCCAACGACUCCAGCACCUCCCACUGAGGCCAUGUCUCAGCCAUCCGACUUCUUGCCUACCUUCUUCCAUCUCUGGGCUCUGAUGACUCGAUCUAAGGUCUUCGAUACUGCACUCAUUGACAUUCUCUCAAGAUUGGCUCGAGACUAUUUAACAUGCACGCACGUGCCCUUCACCGAAUACGGCAUUUUUACUCGCGAACAGUCUGACCUCGUCUUUACAUCCAUCCUCCGCUUGACUGAAAUCCCCGUGGGUCAAGCAAACUCGCCUUAUGCUAGCCUGGACUACUCGGCGGGUAUGGGCAUCUUCCUCGAAAAGGAUAAGAAAAAGCACCCAAUCGCCUAUAUCAUUGCACGGUGGAUCGUCUCAUCCCUGUCGCCUCAAUGCCUGGAGAAAGACAGCUCGAUUCUGAACAGCCUCGAGGGUCUCAUGGAAUCCGUGGACACGUUCUUUCACCCGUCGAAUCACGGCUCUUGGACCAAGAUGCUUGCCCAAUUGACCUACUACCUUACCGAGCUGUUUGUCGCUCGUUGGAACAAGGAGCAAAGCAAUGAGCAGGACACACCCUCUGACAGACGUAUCAACGAUGUUCUGAAACGUCGGUUUGUACUAAGUCUGCGUGAAGUCACAUUCAUGGGUCUCUUCGGCAAGAGCACGUCGAUUACCAGCAUGUAUUUCGGUGCCCUGCAGAAUCUGAGUUUCCUUGAGCCUGAGUUGAUGCUGCCCGGCGCCCUUCAGAGGUUCUAUCCUAGUUUGCAGGGCUUGGUUGAAGUUCACAGAACUACCUCUAGUCUCAUCGGCUUGCAGAUGAUUGCAAACGUCAUGUCACGCCAAAAGGGGUUCAGGUGUCACAUCACUGCUCUGCUAGCCCUAGCUCUGCCUGGAAUCGAUGCCAACGACCUCAGCAAGACCCAGUACACUCUGAACUUCAUUCAAAGUGUGGCAUACAGUAUCCCGUUUGUGACAUUGACAAAGGAGAGCAAUAAGGUGCAUGACACGACCUUGGCCAUGCAAUGGGUACAAGGCGAGAUGGCGCGCAUGGAGCAAGAGGGUCAGGAUGUCAAGAUUGACUACGACAACGAGCUGAGCGAUCAGGAUGAAGCAGAUAUCGUCCGCUCAUCGACCGCUGGCUUUGGUGAAUUUAUACUGGCUCUGCUCGGGAAAGUCUUUACGCUGCUCGAGAACCUCCCAGACUCAUCACAGUUACGCUCGGGCUCGCCGGAAGACAACAUCAUCAAUACCCUACCAGCUGCAUUGAACCCUCUGUUUGCAUCGCUCUCACCGGAGCUUUUCGACAUGGUCCUGGAGAAGCUUGCCAAUUUUGUCUCUAGCCAUGUUGUACACCAAGCCCGGGACGCGAUGGCGUGGAUCUGCAACGCACUUUGCAAAGUGAACCCCGAAAAGACCCUCAAAGUCUUCAUUCCAAUGUUGAUAGUCAACAUCCGCAAUGAGAUCGACUACAAUGGGGCUGCCUCAGACCGCAGUAGCGGUACUGAGGUUCUUCCACGGGAUCGGGCCCUUGUAUGGCACAUCAGCAUACUGAGUAUGUGUUGUGUCCACGUCGGCAGCGAGGUGCUGAAGUACAAGAAAGAAUUAUUCGACGUUGCCGAGUACAUGCAAGAAAAGUGCCGAGGACUUCCAACGAUACACAUCAGCAACUACAUUCAUCAUCUGCUGCUCAACCUCACCCAUACAUAUCCCAUCGAUAAUGCCUUGUAUGAACCGGAGGUUAUGAAGCGCGGCCUGGAUGUUGAGGACUGGGGCAAGACAACAGCACCGGCAGAUCUGACUAUUCGAUGGCACCGGUCUCUGCCAGAAGAGAUCCAGUUCGCCGUGGAGCUUUUCGAGUCGCAGGCUGAGGGGGCCAUGCGAAGACUCGAGGCUUUUAUGAGCGACGAGCCGCCCGUCAGCAGGAAAGGAAAGAACAAGGAAUGGUCAGACGAGGUCUCGCGCCAGUUGACUCAGUUACGACUCGUCAUCUCUGGUAUUGCGACCCUUUUUGACCCGAGACGUGCUUCUGCAGAGUCCAAUAGGCACGUUAAUGGCAAUGGCCGCGUCGAUAAAGAGGGUGACGAGAUUAUGGGUGACGACGAAGACGAAGAAGCAAACAACCCACUGGCUGAAGUUGGGGAGGAUGACGAGACGAAACCACAGUUCCGGUAUCAGAGUGGAUACUUACUCACCCCCGAUACCGAAUUGUACAACCGUCUCCAUGGUCUUCGAGAAGACAUAGGCAAGUUGCUCUCCCGAACGCAUUCGUUCCUAAACACCCAUCAGGAAGACGACGUCGCAUGUUUCACCGCACUCUACUCCACCUAUCGCACCUGGAUCACCGAUGUAGGUUUCGAGCGGUCCGCGCAUCCCUACGACCGCUUGGUUCGUCUGUACAAAGCGGACAUUGCGCCUUUCAAGAUCAGCGGCCUGCGCAAACCUUACCCGCGGCCUCUGCUCAUCAAGCGUGCUGAUGCUUACCAACAACAACGGGUUAAGCAUAAUGCGUCGGUCAGACGAAAGAGCGAAAUUGAUAAGCAGCUACUGCUCGACUUGGCCGAGUCUGCCGUCUCGUCGUAUGCUGAUGUACGACGAGUAGCUCAAGGUGCUCAGGAUGCUUCUGUCAAGGCACUCAUCGGUGGGCGACCGCUUGUAAUCCCUGUUCUGUUGGUGAGGUUUCGCAAAGCUCUUGACGAGAUGGACCAUGAUCGGAUCAAGGGCGCCAUGUAUACACUGCUCUUCACCAGUCUGUUGAAGACCUUGAUGCGAGACUGGAGGUUUGCUCCCGACCUUAUGCGUCUCUACAUCAAGACGGCCGGAGUUGACAAGACUUCAAUUCAGAGCCUCAGUUCAACCGCGAUUUACCCGCUGAUGGAUUUCGGGAAGAAGUUCGAGCUGAUGAUUAUUACGGAUGAGAAGAUUGUCGACACUAUCAAACCGGAUGAAGACUGCUCGAAGGCUAUCGCGACGAGGCACGACUUCAUUGUGGAGCGAAGAACAAAAGUGGAAAAGAAGAAGGCCAGCCUGGGGUUGGAACUGAUAGAGACGGCCAAAGGCUCACAUUGGAAGACGGCUAGUCGAUGUGCCAUAUUUGCCACAAACUUGUGUUUGCGAUUUGACACCAUUGCGCCUCCCGAGUUCAUCGAUCUCGUUGGCAAGGGCACGAAUGACCCUCAUCCCGGCCUAAGGUUGAGUUACCUGCAAGCGUUCUCCAACGUCUUCACUUGCAUUGAUAUGCGCGCGGUCUAUGGCCACGACUACCGGACUUACCUGGAAGAGAAGGAAAUUGACUCAAACAAGGUCGUUAUACCGGUACCCAAAGGUGACGCGAAUUUCACAGAGAAGUUCCUGGACGACUUUACCCACCCGGAAAACGUCGACUAUUUCAUCGACUCAGACCAUGCUGGAUGGCUUGUGUGGGGUAAGCAAUACAACGCUUUCAAAGCGAAACCCGAACGAUUCGAUGCUUAUGACGACGUUGAGAGAGCUGCGAGAAAACAGAUUGGUCAACUGAUCACCAGAGAUUGGCUUGCCAAGUGCUUCGAUCACCUAAAGCAAGAACCGCGAGAUGCGUCAGCGGAUAGGUUUAGAAGCCAAAACGUCAUCUUGCUCAUGCACGUGUUCGAUCUCAUGAACUAUGGAGAAACCGAACUUAACUUCGAAGAUGUCAAGAAGCUGACCACUGAGGUCUACGCGGACGGCAGCGACAAGCAUCAACAUCGCGCAACAGCAGAGAUACUCGGAGCUAUGAUGGCUGGCUCGUCGGAUGACCCUGUCGAGAUGAAGGAACGAGUUUGGAGUUUUGCACAGCCGAUGAUACUGAAGAUCUUCGCCGAUAGCCUGACACCCGAGAACCUCUCGUACUGGAUUACGUGUCUUCACUUCAUCAUCGAUACUAAGGAUCCGCGUCGUGCACACGAGCUCGUCAGCAAGUUGAGCUCCUUCCGUCUAGACAUGGACUCGAACGCAGCCUUCAAGGAAUCGUCGAAGGUGCAGCUCCUUGAGUUCAUGAUUAACGAUUGUGGAUGGCACUAUCGCCAUGAGAAACCCAUCCUCGAGGACUUCUUGGCCCACAUUGACCAUCCUUACAAGUCAGUCCGUGAGUCCAUUGGGCGGGUGAUCGCUACAAUCUAUCGCACCCGGUAUCAUGAGUCUUUCGGAAAUGUCGGUACCCUGCUGGAGCAGAACAAGGCGGACUCGUCCAUUGGAAUUCGACCGUACAAGCCCAGCGAUGAAUUCGCAGCCACGAUCCGAGAGGUAUUCACUCGUCUUGAAACCUGGCGACAGGAGCGUACGCCCGGUCAACAAACCCCGUCCUCGUACACAUCUGGUUCGAAGACUGUCUUGACUUGGCUCGAUAGUAUGCUUUCAUCACAGGAGUGUAUUCAGCUUCUCCCAUUCUUCCCAGAUCCAUUCAUUGAUCAGCUACUGCACAUGAUGGACGUCAAGGAGGACCCCGAGCUGAUGCGUCUCGCGUACCAUGUGUAUCGCCACCUUCCUAACAUCCCCUUCCGCGCUGGUGAAGACGAACCUUUCAUCGCCUCUUUGAUACGACUUGGCAAGACUGCCACGAGCUGGCAUCAACGACUUCGAGCGCUUGUCAACAUGCAGGUCAUCUAUUUCAGACGGUUAUUCUUGACGGAACCGUCGCAGCGGGACCUCCUCUUCAAUGCGGUGGGGGAUAUGUUGGCGGACCCUCAGCUCGAAGUCCGGACGGUGGCUAGUGCUACACUGGCUGGUAUGAUUCGCUGUUCUCCAGCAGCAAUUCGAACUCCGAUCAUAGCGACUCUCAAGUCGCGUUUCGAAACGCAGUUGGCGCGGAACCAGAUGCCCAAAAAGAAGCUUCCAGGAACAGAUACCCCAGUCAACGUUACACAGCAGAUUGUUAGAAGACAUGCUGCCGUACUCGGCCUUGGCGCGCUGAUUGAGGCGUUCCCUUAUGCGACACCGCCCCCAAGCUGGAUGCCGGAGGUGCUGGCUCUCUUAGCCAGACGCGCUGCAAGCGAUCCCGGCGUAGUAGGCAAGGCAACGAAGAGUAUCUUGUCCGAGUUCAAGAAGACGAGACAAGACAGUUGGGCUGUUGAUCAGAAGUAUUUUACGUCUGAGCAGCUUGAAGACCUAGAGGGUGUGCUCUGGAAGAGCUAUUUCGCCUAA